AUGUCAACAACUGAUAAAAAUUUAAAUCCUAAAGUAACAGAUUUUGUUUUGGAAAUAGAAAAACACAGCUUACAAGUCAAGAAAUGGGUCAAAUUAGCUGUCGAAAUUCUCCGCACAGGUGAUAAUGUAACAGCUAUUAAAUAUUUAUCAUCGGCUGAAUCCAUGUCUGAUGAUUUAAUCGACACCAUGAAUGAAUUAGAAAUGAAAAUAUAA